UGGCCAGCGGCAUGUGGCUGCCCCGGGUCUCCAGCACAGCGGUGACCGCUCUCCUGCUGGCACAGACCGGUCUCCUGCUAUUCCUGGUCUCGCGGCCCAGGCCUCUCUCCCCAGCCGGUAGCGAGGAGCGCGUGCAUGUGCUGGUGCUGUCCUCGUGGCGCUCCGGCUCGUCCUUCGUGGGCCAGCUCUUCAGCCAGCACCCCGAUGUCUUCUACUUGAUGGAACCCGCCUGGCACGUCUGGGCCGCUCUGUCGCAGGGCAGCGCCCCGGCGCUGCACAUGGCCGUGCGCGAUCUGGUGCGCUCCGUCUUCCUGUGCGACAUGGACGUGUUCGAUGCCUACCUGCCUUGGCGUCGCAACCUGUCGGACCUCUUCCAGUGGGCGGUGAGCCGCGCGCUGUGCUCGCCGCCAGCCUGCAGCGCCUUCCAACGCGGUGCCAUCAGCAGCGAGUCUGUGUGCAAGCCGCUGUGUGCCCGGCGGCCGUUCAGCCUGGCCCAGGAGGCCUGCCACUCCUACAGCCACGUGGUGCUCAAGGAGGUGCGUUUCUUUAACCUGCAGGUGCUCUACCCGCUGCUCAAUGAUCCCGCGCUCAACCUGCGCAUCGUGCAUCUGGUGCGCGACCCUCGGGCGGUGCUGCGCUCCCGCGAGCAGACAGCCAAAGCCUUGGCUCGCGACAACGGCAUCGUGCUGGGCACCAAUGGCACCUGGGUGGAGGCCGACCCCGGCCUGCGCGUGGUGCGCGAGGUGUGCCGCAGCCAUGUGCGCAUAGCCGAGGCCGCCUUGCACAAACCACCACCCUUCUUGAGCGGCCGCUACCGUCUGGUGCGCUUCGAGGAUCUGGCGCGGGCUCCACUGCCUGAGAUCCGCGCGCUCUACGCCUUCGCGGGCUUGAGCCUCACGCCACAGCUCGAAGCCUGGAUCCACAACAUUACGCAUGGAUCCGGGCCAGGCGCGCGUCGUGAGGCCUUCAAGACCACGUCCAGGGACGCGCUCAAUGUCUCCCAGGCCUGGCGCCACGCGCUGCCCUUCGCCAAGAUUCGCAGGGUGCAGGAGCUGUGUGCGGGCGCCCUGCAGCUGCUGGGCUAUCGACCGGUGUUCUCCGAGGAGGAGCAGCGCGACUUAGCCCUGGAUCUGGUGCUGCCACGCGGCCCCAGCAGCUUCAGCUGGGCGUCGUCCACUGCGGCACACCCUGGGCCUUAGCUGAGCCUGGGUUGUGGCGGUCACGAUGGUCAGGAGACUAGUAUGUAUGGCGGGGAGGU